AUGCUAGUUUUCCCUCUCCUAGACGAGACCAUGAUUGCAACACUUCUAGCUCCCAUUUCGGCAUCAUUCGCCUCACUCUCGGACCUCUCCUGGAUAGCAACAACAUACUUGAUUGGUAUGGCUGCUUCGAAUCCCCUCUCUGGUCACGUGGCAGAUGUGUUUGGUCGUCGAUUUUGCUUGAUAGGAUCUAGUGCCAUUUUCGUGAUCGGAACACUUAUCUGCGGGUUGAGCACACAUUUGUGGGUGUUGCUCCUUGGCAGAGCCAUACAGGGAUUCGGCUCGGGCGUAAUGCAGUCGGUCGUAUCCUUCAUCGAGGCCGACGUUGUGACCCUUCGAAAUAGAGGCAUCACCGAAGCAGUAGGCGGAAUUUUGUUUGGGGUCUGCUUGGCUGUUGGGGGACUGUAUGGUGGAGGAAUGAAUGACACCAUAGGAUGGAAAUGGGCCUUCUUAAUCCAGGUUCCGGUUACGAUUGUCUUGGCUAUAGGUGCCUGGUUGCUCGUGAGAAUUCCAAAGAAGAAAUCACAUAUCUCCAGUCUACGUCGUCUUGAUUACGUUGGCGGAAUAGCAAUCCUGCUCGCCAUUGUGCUUUUCCAACUUGGACUUCAGUCGGGAGGGAAUUCUCAUACCUGGAAUUCAUUGCUGGUACUGGUACCCCUUCCAUUAUCUCUAGUUAGUUUCAUCGUUUUUCUGGUUUGGGACUCCUACUUCGCCAAGGAACCCGUUUUGCCAAUAAAGCUCUUACACAACCGCAAUCUUUACCUCUCAUCAAUAUUUUAUCUUUUGAAUUCAAUGUCAUACUUCUCAAUUGAAUUCUAUAUAGCGAUAUAUCUCCAAGUUUUGGGCCAUUCCACAACAGCAUCAGGACUUCGGUUUAUCCCCCAAGCGUUUGGAGCUGCUGCUUCCAUCAUGCUAGCUGGGAUCAUUGUUAAGAUCACAGGUAAAUAUUACUGGCUCAACGUCUUGGCCCAGAUAUUUGUUAUUCUUAGCGCUGCAUUGCUCUUGCUCUUGAGGGUUUCGUCGCCUUCAUGGUACCCAUUUGUGUUCUUAGGCUUGUCUGGGGCAGGUUUCGGAAUCAGUUGGGUGACUGUGUUGAUGGCUUCCUUGAGUUCCAUUACGGAUGAUCACCAAGCCAGCGUGCAGUCAGCUGGGUACUUUUUCAGAUUCACAGGCAUGGCUCUUGGUAUGACAGUAUCAACAGCAGUUUUUCAGAAAAUCCUGAAUGACGGUCUAUGGUCGUCUUUCGGGAAUGAUUUGGGGGCUGGGCCACUGAUUAAUACCCUACGGACAGAUUUCAAUGCAGUACAAAGUCUCGCUUUUCCGGAAAGGCAGAAAGCGGAAGAAGAUUACAUGAAUGCAUUGCAUGCAGUGUUCUAUACUGUAACAGCCGAGGCUAUUGUUGCGGCGAUAGCGAGUCUGUGCUUGAAGGAGAAUGAACUUCCGGAAAGUUUAAAAGAGAAUUAA